AUGUUUGAGAGCUACAUUUCUAUUUUGACCAACUAAUUUACAAAACAUUUCAGGCAACAAAUGUUUUCUAAAUUCUGAAACAGUUUCUUAAUCAGUUAUAAAGUCUAUCUGAACAAACAUUAAAUUUGGGAGGGGACUACGGAUCUGUCUCUGUCCGUCCGUUGUUAUGUUCGUUUGUACGUUAGUAAAACAAGAUCUCUAAGAGCACUGGGCUGAUUUUGACAAAACGUGGGUGAAUGAUUCAUCUUGCCAUAGAGAUCCAACAUUUACAAAAUCAUACUGAUUGACCCAAGGAGGGAGCUAUGGUAAUUAACUUAAAUGUGUUAGUCAUACGCAAUAUCUCAUCUCGCCCAAAUCAAAUGUUAUUUGUCAAUUGCGCCGAAUACAACAGUUGUAGACCUUACAGUGAAUAUCUUACUUACGAGGCCUUUAACCAACAUUGCAGUUAAGAAAAAAAAAUGUAAAGGUAAGAUGAGAAUAACAUAAUAGCAGAAGCAUAAUGUAAAAACACACAAAAUAAGAUGGCUGCCCUUCCCACCGGCGCUUCCCUCCAGCACUAUCGUGAAAUAAAUAAGGGGGUACUGCAUCAUUCAUGGGGGACGACAUGUUUACUGUUGCCUUGUUUUUACAUGGUUGACUUUGGCCUCCUAUUGUUCUGUUUUGAAUUCAAAAGUAUUAUGUUAGUAUGAUGUUUAAUGUGAGGUGAGUAGACUGUUGGAUGUAGUGCUUUACAUCAAGCUGUCUCUUAACCUUGAAUACACUGACACAUCUAGCAUUGAAUUCUGAAAUUUUCAACGUAGGUGACUGUUGCCAUCUAUGGAAGAAAAUGGCUUUGUUCACUCACUUUACCAACUUCAUUAUCCUGAACAUAAAUUGAAUGCAUAAACAGGCAUGUUACCAACAAACAAACACAUUAGGUACAUCCCUACUAGGGACACGAUUGGCAGGAACAAUUUCAGAGUGAAUGCAGGGCGAGGGGCAGUCAAAGAAGCAGGAUCUUCUCAGAAUAUUUACUUACUGAUAGCUGACAAUGUGCGAUGACAAUUUCACCAAAUUAAAAAAUUAAUCUGACCUAACGCAGCUUUAAAAUGAAAGCUUCCUGAAAUUACUGACUCUAUUUCCAUCUUUGAAUCUGAGGCCUGUAUAAGCGUUGCACGUUAGUAAAAACAAAUCUAAAACGACUCAUCUUGGUAAGUGAAAAGAAAAAUGUUGAACUAAUGUUGAUUUUAUUACUAAUUAACUGCACAUUUCAUGGAACAAAUGGUUCCCAAAUGAAGAAACUGUUGACUUACUGGUCAUUAUUUGUAGUUGAUCGGUAUAUAUGACAUGGUGUUUUGUAUUCGCAUUGUUCACUUUGGCCUGCUAUUGUUUUUGUUUUCACAUGGUGGACGUUGGCAUGCCCUGCUGAUCCUGUGUAAUAUGUGUUCAGGUUACGUGACGCACACUCAAACUCUCAACAUGGCAACCACACUGCAUUUGAUCGGUGGUGGAGGAGGCAGUUCAUUUGAAUUCCACGGCAUGAACAACGGUGCCACCCUCAAGAAGAUUGGAGUGGCGGUGGAAGGCUGGCAGGUCAAAGCUGUGCGGGCGGAGCUUACCGACGGGCGCGUUGAGACCUUUGGAAAUUCACACACUUUCAGUGAGUUUGAGUUUGACCUCGGUGAGCGCAUCACCAAGCUGUCACUGUGGGGUAACGGCGCCGGCACACGUCUAGGUGCCAUCAAGUUCAAGACGAGUAAGAACCGGGAGUUCUUUGAAAAAAUGACCAGCUGGCCACUGAAGACUGAGUACACCAUAGAUGUGGGGUCCGGAAUCUGCCUGGGACUGGAGGGUAGGUCUGGCUCAGACAUCGACUGCAUGGGCUUCCUCUUCAUCAACACCAUCAAGUCGUCCGUGCUGACCGACAUGGAGUAUCCCACCCUGUCCCUCUUCAAACCCCAGGUGACCCCAGAAUAUGUGAAAUCCGUUUCUCACCACAAUGACACCUCAUUGGUUCAAGAAGAGUCCAUUACAUACAGCAAGACCCUGACCAAGACUUCCUCCUGGUCCGUCAGCAACAAGAUAGAAUCCACCUUGAAUGUGUCGGUCAAAGCAGGGAUCCCGGAUGUGGUCGAGGUGUCAUCAGGGUUCAGCUUGACCAUGGGAGUGGAGCAAUCCACCAGCCUGCAGAAGACAGAGACCAUAACAGAAUCAGAUACCAUCAACUUGAAGAUCCCACCAGGGAAGACCAUGGAUGUUGAGAUCACAGUGGGGAAAGCAAAUAUCGACCUCGACUACAGAGCCACAGUGAAAGUCACCUGCAUGAACGGCAGUCAGCUGGUCUUCCCAUCCAAUGGCGUCUACACUGGUGUGACUUACACUUCAGCGAGGGUAUCCACAAAGGAGACAUGAGACAAGUGUAUGACAUCAUGAAUAGUAUGCACAGUGAUAGAAUGUGACAUCAUUACUAAAUCUGUGUGCCUUUUCUGUUAUUAUGAUCUUCUUUGAGUAAUUCUAAUUGAACCAUGCUGACUCAGCUCUUUAUUUCUGUCUCGGCAGAGGUCAUAACAACAGGUGGGUCAUUCCUACAAUCCAGUGCCUUUUGUGUCCAAUCACAUGUUAACACAUGUUUUGUGUGAAUUAUUGAACAACAUUAAUUUCAAAAGGUUGUUACAUACGGUUACACCCCCAUUUCCCAUUUUUAAAAAACGAUGUUAAGUAAUUAUCUUAAUUUUAUGAAUAUUAAACCAUUUUUAUAUUAAACCA